AUGGCGGUGUACUUUGUGAAUGUUUUCCUGCUCUCGUCUUUGGGUGUGGCAGCGUUGAGUGACAUCUUUCAGCCUGUUUCUUUCCAAAUGGUGAAGCUUGGAGACUCAGCUACUAUAAAAUGUCACAUAAAGAGUGAAAUGAAAAAAAGAGUGUGGUACAAAUUGACCACAGGGAAGAGACUACAGCUUGUGUCCACAUUUAAUUACCAGUAUAAUCGGUCUGUAUUUGCUAAUGAAUUCCAUCAUUAUUCAGCCAAAUCUGACAAAUUCAGAAGUGAUCUCAGAAUAUCUGCAACAACAUGGGAUGACAUUGGGACAUACUACUGUGGAGUGAUGAACCUAAAUGAUAUUCAAUUUGGAUCAGGCACCUUUUUAAUGAUAAAAGGUGCAAACAUGAUCAGUGACUCUGUUGUCCAGCAGCCAGAGUCUCAGUCAUCUGAUGAUGCUGGAACCUAUUACUGUGUUGUGACGUCCUGUGGACAUUCACAGUCUGGAAAUGGGACCAGGAUUAUUAUUCACAACACUGCUUGGACCAAACCAGUUGAACUGAGUCCAGCCGUUAUUGCACUGAUACUGUCAAACAUCCUUCUUGUGAUUGUGACAGUCAUUCUGAUAUGGACUGUGUGCAAGAGUCAGAGGAAAGAUUCCACAGAGGCAACUGAUGAAUCUUCUGAAGGCAAUCAGACUAGUGAUGCAGUUAUCUAUGCAGCUGUGUGUUCGACCCCCAGAGGCCUCCCCGCAAGACCAGCUACAGUGAAAUACAGUGGAGACUCUGUAGUUUAUUCUAAAAUCAAAUACUGUCAACAGAACGGAGACGUUUCAUCUUCAACAAACCAGAGAGAGUGA